CUACAAUAUAGCAGAGCAGGCACAGGAGAUUACAUAUCAAGUAUAUGGUACAAUACGGUCUUGCAUGUAUAUAUAGUACAGAGAGUGUUUCCAAAAGCAACCCCAGAUCCAGACCCAGACCUAGACCGGAGACCAACAUUAAAGGUUUUCACAACGUCACAGUACUUCACAGAGUCGACAUAUAUAAGGCCUUGCAAGUGAGAUGUUCACUCCUUUGAAGUCCACACAGGCGAUACCACAUUCGCAUCCAUACCCGCCAUCUGAUUCACCUACAUCUUCCUCACCGGGCUCUCCCUCAUUCCCCUCCGGAAAAAAUGGCAAAGACACAGAAGAUAGGAGAACCAGCAGCAAUCAUGACACAAACAACAACACAAAUACAACAGAAAACAAAGGAACAGAGAAUAUACCCUCAAUAUGGGCCUGUGCCUUGGCUGGAGGUCUUGGAGGGUUGAUCGGCGAUUCUUCAAUGCACUCACUCGAUACAGUGAAAACUCGACAACAGGGAGCAUCUCAUAUAAACAAAUACCGUGGAACCUGGGCUGCAUAUGGUACCAUUUUCCGAGAAGAAGGAAUCUUUCGUGGCUUAUAUGGUGGAUACAGUGCUGCCAUGCUAGGAUCUUUGCCUUCUUCAGCCGUCUUCUUUCUGUCCUAUGAGGCUAUCAAACGAUAUGAGGUCAACGAACUCGGGAUACCAGAAACGCCUGCUUUUUUGGCGGCUGGGUUCUUGGGCGAUUUAUUUUCAAGUGUGUUUUACGUGCCGUCUGAGGUGUUGAAGACAAGACUGCAAUUGCAAGGUAGACACAACAAUGCCCAUUUCAAAUCUGGAUAUAACUAUAAAGGGUUCAUAGAUGCUGCGGCCACCAUAAUUCGAACUGAAGGACCAGGAACCUUGUUUUAUGGAUACAAAGCUACGCUGACUAGAGACUUGCCAUUUUCGGCCUUCCAAUUCACAUUCUAUGAAAACUUCCGCCAAUGGGCUUUCCAGCUAACUGGCACUCAUGGGAAAGUCGAUUCAUUUAAACAAGCAGAAACAAUAUCAUUACCCCUGUAUGCUGAACUUUUAACUGGUGCAGCAGCGGGUGGUUUAGCAGGUAUUCUCACUACUCCUUUGGAUGUGGUGAAAACAAGAAUGCAGACACAGAAUGGUACCUCUGGUGUCAUUCUAAAAUCAACCUCGAUCAUUUCCAGUUUGAGAACCAUUUAUACAGUGCAAGGUGUGUCGGGUCUCUUUUCUGGAGUAGCACCCCGUUUUGUGUGGACGAGUAUGCAAAGUUCCGUCAUGCUUCUGUUAUAUCAAGUAUUCUUGAAAGCGUUCAGCACAGGUGAACUGGACCUGGAAGGGUAAGUAUACCUUUUACAAGAUUCUCAACAAAAUAUUCAUAGCUGAAGAGUGCAAAUUCGUGAAUUAGAAUAAUUAGUGUAGUCAUCAAUAUUAUUACUAUCUCAUCCCAUUGCCAACUCAAACAUUGGUUACUUGUACAUUGAUAACAUAAGCAAAAUCCAUACCUAGAUCCAAUAUCAGACUUAUUGCAUAAAAAACAUGUCAAUAUCUCUCUUCUAUUUAUUUACUACCAUUCAGUUUAUUUAUUCAUUUAUAAAUUUAAAUAUUUAUACACUUUUUUGUAUAAUUAUCGGUAAAAAGAUCUGAUUCUAACAAAGUUUGUCA